UUGAAAACAUAAACAAAACAAAACCAAAAUCGAAAUCACCACGAUCACGGUGACAUAAGUACGGCAAAUCGCCGCUCAAUAACACAAUAUUAGCGUGCCUGUGAGUGAAAUCCGAUGUCGUUUCCGGACAAGGAAACUCGAGCUGGUUGCUGGCUGGCACGAGACGAGUACUGGGCCUGUCUAGAGCGGCAUGCUCCACAGCAUAGUUCGACAUCCGGCGAACCGGAGCCCCAGCAAUGUAUAGCGGUCCGGAAGAUGUACGAGAAAAAGUGUCCCGCCCAGUGGGUGAAACAUUUCGACCGAAAGCGAACCUUCGAACAGUUCAAACAGAAGAUGGUCAAAGGAUAUGAACCGUUGGAUGAUAAAAACAAACAGCACUAGCGUUGACGCCAAAUACGUUCGAUUCAUUUCAUAAAUAGCAAAUAAAAUACCAUUGUACAGAUAGAUACAACAAUCACUUAAUAAC